AUGUUCCUCAUGAACGCCCCUCCAGUGGUGGCGCUCCAGUCCAGAUGGGAGGCCUUUGGCCAGCCCAGGAGCUUCUGCUUUCCUGACUGCUUCUCAGAGUCUAAAGAGGACACCUCCAGGGCCUCAGUGAGUGCCAGGGUACAGAUGCUUAUCAGCACACUGCAGAGAGACAAGGCUGCCCUGGGCAUGAGCCAUGAGCGUGUCACACAGAGAGGCCAACGUGCAGAAAGGUGCCAAGAUACCAGACUGGCCCCUAAACCUGUUGUGUGCAGAGAACCUCCAGAGUUCCGUGCCUGUGGUCUUGUUGCAGACUGCAAACCCCUAGAGAAAGAUGAAGCUGGGAGACAUGGUCCCUUGGAGAUAGAUUCUGACAGUGAUGACUCCGUGGACCGGGACAUCGAGGAGGCUAUCCAAGAGUACCUGAAGGCAAAGGGUGGGGCUUCUGAGCCUAUGUCCCGAGGGGUCCCCUGUGUCCCAGAGCCUGCCCACAGCUGUCCCCUACCCAUCCCAUGCCCUCCACAACUCACUCCUGGCUCAGGUAGUGUUCCUGUGGGAACCAGUGAGGACCAGGGCUCCACCUCCCCAGCUAGCAUGAGCAGCGAGGACUCCUUUGAACAGAGCAUCCGAGCUGAGAUAGAACAGUUUCUUAUUGAGAAAAGACAGCAUGAAAACCCAAAGUGUGAUGGGUCUGUGGAUAAAAAAUCAGACUCAAACGAAAGCCCUGCCAGACUUAGAGGAAACCGAGAGACCUCAUCAAGGGCAGCUCUGGUAGGAACCUGUAAGGAGUUCAUCUUCCGCAAACCUCCCAGGUUAACAAAGAUGAGCAUGCAGCCCAGAAACUUCCGACCUAAGGUCACCACAGAGCCUGAGACCCCAGUGAGCACAAGGCUGGCUGUCCACAGACCAGAGGCUGCACAGAACCGGGGUGGGGUAAGGAGGAGCACGCCUGCCAGGCGCAGCAAGCGCAUCAGGAACUCGGCCCCAGUGCAUCAGGCAUCCGACUCCAGCAGUGAUGAUGGCAUCGAGGAGGCCAUCCAGCUGUACCAGCUAGAGAAAACCAGGAAUGAGGCCAGUGGGGAUCCACCUCUGAGAGCCCAGCUGAAAGAGGAGAGCCCUGGUAGUGCUCAGCCAAGUGCCUUGCCUGAAGCUCACAGGAGACCCCCAAGCAAGAAAAAGCUAGCAGCCCCAAAGGUUAUGGACACCACCCUGGGAAGUCUCCACCCUGACCCCCUCUCCAAGCUCCUAAAGGAUGUGAGAACCUCUGUACUUCCAGGACACACAGCUGCCAAGAGCGAAGCCGUGCACCCGGCUACAUCAUGCCUGGCAGACACAUCCACCGAGCUGAUGUGUGCAGAAGCAAUCCUGGACAUUUCCAAGACCAUACUGCCAGUACCCAUGGAAGGCAGUGACAGGCCUCCAUCCAUGAACCCACUCUUCUGUCCCCCACCCAUACCUCCCCGCUCUGAAGGUGACAGCAGCAACAUUGACAGUGAUGAUAGCAUAGAGCAGGAGAUCCGGACAUUUUUGGCCCUCAAGGCACAAGUAGGGAGUCCACAGCCUGCCCAGGGCCCACUGUCUCCACCUGGCCCCAGUGGCCAGACUGGCAUCCCCAAGGCAUCUCUUGCUAAAACACCAGAACUUCCCCUGGGCUGCAAACGGAAAAGGAGAGGUGGAGGCAGCACUAUAGUGCCCAAGAAAAUACGGGAGGGUAAAGAAAGUGCCCAGGACAGUAACCACAUCCAGGGGAAAGGUCAGCCUGGCCAUGAUGGUUGGGACCCUCCCAGCCAGAGCAAACUCCCAGAGGCCCCAGGAGGGGAGGCUGAGGCCAAGGACCAGGCUGUCCCUUCCAGGACAGCUGGGCUCAGUGAUGCACACCUGUCACAAGGCCAGGGGGGCCUCGGGAAAGUCAGUGAGGGGAAGUGUGCUGGUGAGAAAGAGAGCUCUGAAGAUAAGAGCAGUUCUCUGGACAGCGAUGAGGACCUGGACAUGGCCAUCAAGGACUUGUUAAGAUCUAAGCGGAGGUUCAAGAAGAGGUGCAGAGAACCCCGGGCUGUGUGUAAGAAGGUCAGAUUCGGCACCACAGAGACUCGGUGUGGAGAGAAGCUGAGCAGCCUCCCUGGGGACUGGAAGGACCACGGGCAGCAGGCACUACGGAGCUGUCUGUCCAAGUGCAGAGGGGACAAUAAAGACAGCCCAGGAAGAAGCCCAGUGAGCAUUUUCAGCAGUGUGGCAGAGAGGGCAAAGCUGGGUGGUACAGGUGGUGAGGAUGCAAGCCCAGCCUUGCUUCCCAGGAAGAAGAGUCCAGAAGGGACUCCUCCUGCUAAGGACACAGGAGUCAGCGGUCGCCCUUCUGCCUCCAGCCCCCUGUCUGAGGACAGCUCAGUGGACAGUGAUGACAGUAUCGAGUUAGAGAUCAGGAAGUUUUUGGCAGAAAAGGCCAAAGAGUCUGUACGCAGUUCAGAACCUCAAGGGGGUCCUGCCAAGCCAGAGAUGCCAUGCAGGAAAGAACCAACCCCGGGAUUACAGCCUGGAGUGUGCACACGGAGCCAAAAAGCCAGGGCAACCCCUCACCUGGCUGAAGGAAGGAGAGGCACAGAGAAAUCUCGGACACAGGCAGCCAGCCUCUUAAGCCAGACUGGGAAGGGUACUUCCCGUGCAGAGCAGUCCACUCGUCUCCCCACUGCUCUGGGCAGAAGCGAGCCAGCACUGCCUAGGAACACCAGCAGGAACAAUUCUGCCAAAGUGUCUCCACCAAGCAGGAAAAGUGCCAGUAUUCACAAAGACCAGAGCCCACGGGGAACACAGACUGCCAUGGCAGAAAGUAUUUUUGGUCAGCUGCCCAGUUGUGCCAAAGUGGGUGCUGAGGCCAGGGGGACAUUUCACCUGAACUGUGGCAGUCAGAACUUGCUGGCCCCCAAUCCUGGACCCCAGGCUGACCUCACCCUCCCCUGGAGUGACUUUGCACACCAGAGCAGGCUGUCCAGCCCAUGGGCACUGAAUUCCGGACAAGGCACACUAUGGACAGGGGUCUUUGGGGGUGAGAAAGAAAAGGGGGUCACAUCACAGACUGGGGGCCCACUAAGCCUUUCCUCAGGCCCCAGGAAGGGCCUGCCUUUCCUCUCCACCCAGCUCUUCCACUUUGGGAAGAAUGUCUUCUGGGGGGAGGGCAAGCAGGCUGGCCUCUUCAGCCCCAACCUGGGCCUACCUCUGCAGGGCCCAGCAUUCUCGGCCUUCAGGGAGACCCAACCUGGCCACAGCCCUGUGUUUGGAAGCCCACACUUGCUUAUGAAGGACAGUGGGCACUGGCCAAGCCGGAAGGCUCAGGGAUCCCUGAGACAGCAGGACAGGAGGAAUUCUGGCUCCGAGGGCAAUGUCCUAGACCUGAGAUAUCGACACAGGGUUGACAGGGAACACCAGGACCAGGAGGCCUUGGGCAGUGAUGCCAGCGAAUUCAGUGACACCUCUGUGGAGGAUGGGGGCAGCACCAUAGUGAGCAGCAAAGGCCUCUAG